AUGCCGUCCAUUUCAUCAACCAUCUUUUCUCUUGCGUCCCUGUUGGCUGUUGCCCAGGCUCACGGUGUUAUCUUAGGGGCACAGGGUAUUCAGGGCUCGCCUGAAAGUGUCGGUUUCAAGGUCGAACCAGAACUGGCGAGGAAUUGCACAUCUAUCAGCCCGUGCCAGCAGGACACGACGAUUAUCCGAGAUGCCGAGAUCGCCGCCAACGUAGUGAACGAGUGCGGACGAACAGAAUUGUCGGGUAAUAUCGAUAUCGGAGAGAACACGGAGAACGCGCUUGCUGCCGGCGCCGUUACCCAAGUCAAGGCUGGAACACAAGUCAAGGUUACCAUCCACCAAGUUAACGCUGAUGGUGCUGGUCCCUACGCCUGCGACCUGGUCGAGGCUGGCAACAACGGUGUCAUCAGUCAGAACCUGACAGUUGAGAACAACGUUCCCGGUGUCAACGGUUUCUCCCAAGCCAAGACCCAGCAGUUCGAGAUCCUCGUGAACAUGCCUGAUAAUUUUACCUGCAGUGGAUCUUCCGCUGGUAACGUCUGCACCGUCCGUUGCCGAAACAAUGCUCUUGCUGGUCCUUUCGGUGGAUGCUUCCCCGUUCAACAGGUCGAUGUGGAGCCCAGCCAGAACACUGCUGCCAAGGUCCCCACGGCGCUGUCUCUUGAGAAGGUCUUCAAGCAGGUUUCCAAUGACCAGGCUGACUUUCCCGCUGCCGUCGCCGCUAUUCAGAACGCAGGCAGCGAUCAGGGCUUGAAGAACGCAGCUGCUGUCACCUCGCUUCUGAAGCAGACUGUUACAAGCUUGCCCGCUUCUGUCCAGACGCUCGAUGUUAUCACUGGACAAGCUACCACCACUGCGAAUGCUGGAGCUACCACUACCAGCGCCGCGGCGAGUGCUACUGCCACCGGAAAGAGCCGCAAUGGAAAUGGCAAGAACAACGGCAAUGGAAGUAGCAAGAACAACAACGCCAAUGCCAACGCCGGUACCAACAACGCCAAUGCUGGUAACGGUGGAAACAGCCGAGGCAACAACGGCUUCGGUGGCUUCGGUAACCGACGAAGAACUGUCUUCCGUGCGUAG